AACCUGCUCUCGAAUUAUACAUGAGGUUGACUUAUAGCCGAGUAUAUACGGUAAGUCAUCAUUUGAAUCAGAAAAACAAGUACUGGAGCUAAGAGCCCAGCUAAUAUUAGGUAUUUUAGAUCUUGAUUAUGUGUUUCACAAUUUUUAAUGUGCUCUCAAAGCCAGUCCAGAUUUUAUUGAUUUUUUACAGUCUCGCAAAUGACUUUUUGGUAUGGUAAGUAAAAAUCUCAACUAGAUGCUUUUUAAAUUUAAGCGAGUGCUGGUGAUUCUUCUUCGCUCUUUAAAUAUUUGAUGCUCUAACAAUGACUGAUUUGAUUGCAUAUGUAACCAGGUGUUCUUUUAAAGGCUUUGUUUAAAAAGUCAAGUUUAUAACUAUAGCUUGUUAAAAAUAUAAUGAAAAAUGUCUUUCAGAGCUGAAGCAACAUACCAUCACAUUGCGGAGCUGAACCCAUAUGUGCAGGUGAUGUCAUCAACUGCUCCACUAAAUGAAGUUACAGACAUCUCUUUCCUCAGGCAGUACCAGUGUGUUAUAGUAACUGAGAUGAAGCUAUCACUGCAGAAGAAGAUUAAUGACUUUUGCCAUGCACAACACCCACCUAUUAAGUUCAUAAGUGCAGAUGUAUAUGGAAUGUGGGCACGUCUCUUUUGUGACUUUGGUGAUGAAUUUGAAGUGCUGGACACUACAGGAGAGGAACCAAAGGAAAUCUUCAUUGCAAACAUAUCUCAGUCCAAUCCUGGUAUUGUCACCUGCCUUGACAAUAAUCCUCAUAAACUUGAAACGGGACAAUUUGUAACUUUCCGGGAGAUUAAUGGAAUGUCAUGCUUAAAUGGAACCACACAUCAAAUAACUGUGAUAUCACCUUAUUCUUUUAGCAUUGGGAAUACUACAGAUAUGGAACCUUACUUACAUGGUGGCAUAGCUGUCCAAGUAAAGACACCUAAAAUAUUUCACUUCGAACAGCUGAGGAAGCAGUUGAUCAACCCAAGAUGUCUUGUUGCAGACUUCAGCAAACCUGAGACACCUCUGCAGAUUCACAUUGCCAUGCUGGCCUUGAAUGAGUUUCAGGAAAAUUUUGGUCGUAUACCAAAUAUUGGGUGCAUUCAGGAUGCUGAGGAGAUGGUGAAGAUAGCACUGUCUUUAAGCCAAACAUUGGAAGGCAAACCUACGGUUAAUGAAGACAUUGUGAAAUGGCUCUCAAGGAUGGCUCAAGGAUCUUUGGCACCCCUCACAGCAGCACUUGGUGGUGUUGCCAGUCAAGAAGUCCUGAAAGCCGUAACGGGAAAGUUUUCUCCUCUGCAACAGUGGCUUUACAUUGAUGCAUUAGAAUUAGUCCCAUGUCUAGAAAACGCCAGUGGUGAAGAAUUUCUUCCAAGGGGAGAUAGAUAUGAUGCCUUGAGAGCCUGCAUUGGAGACUCCUUGUGCCAGAAACUGCAAAAUCUGAAUGUUUUCUUGGUUGGUUGUGGUGCAAUAGGCUGUGAAAUGUUAAAAAACUUUGCACUCCUUGGUGUUGGCACUGGCCAAGAAAGGGGCAUGGUCACAAUUACAGAUCCAGAUUUAAUAGAAAAGUCCAAUUUAAAUAGGCAGUUCCUUUUUCGACCACAUCACAUACAGAAACCUAAAAGUUACACUGCAGCAGCUGCAACACUUAGCAUCAACUCUCAGAUGAAGAUAGACUCAUAUCUUAACAAAGUAUGUCCUGCUACUGAAAACAUAUACAAUGAUGACUUCUAUACCAAGCAAGAUGUGGUUGUAACUGCAUUAGACAAUGUCGAAGCGAGGAGAUAUAUUGACAGUCGCUGCCUAGCAAACCUGCGCCCUCUUUUAGAUUCAGGAACCAUGGGAACUAAAGGGCAUACUGAAGUCAUUCUGCCCCAUCUAACAGAGUCAUACAACAGUCAUCGAGAUCCACCUGAAGAGGAAAUACCAUUUUGUACAUUGAAGUCUUUCCCAGCUGCUACUGAGCACACAAUACAGUGGGCAAGAGACAAGUUUGAAAGUGCUUUUUCACACAAGCCUUCCCUGUUUAACAAGUUCUGGCAGACAUAUUCAUCAGCUGAAGAAGUGUUACAGAGAAUAAAGUCAGGAGAGAGCUUGGAAGGUUCUUUCCAGGUGAUCAAGUGUCUCAGUAGAAGACCAAGAAGCUGGCCCCAAUGUGUUGAAUUAGCAAGACUAAAAUUUGAGAAAUAUUUUAAUCAUAAGGCUCUCCAGUUACUUCAUUCAUUUCCCAUUGAUACACGAUUAAAAGAUGGCAGUUUGUUUUGGCAAUCACCAAAGAGGCCGCCUUUUCCAAUACAAUUUGAUUUCAAUGACCCUUUGCAUUAUAGUUUCAUACUGAGUACAGCAAAACUAUUUGCAGCAGUUUACUGUGUCCCUUUUACGGAAAAGGAUAUGUCAGAAGAAAUGAUUUUAAAAAUAAUUUCUGGGCUGAAGGUACAAGAAUUUCGACCUUCUAACAAGGUUGUUCAAACAGAUGAAACAGUGAGGAAAACAGACCCUAUUCCGGUCAGUAGUGAGGAUGAAAGGAAUGCUGUUAUUCAGUUGGAGACUGCCAUUUUAGCCGAUGAAGCUACAAAGAAUGAUUUACAAAUGAAAGAGCUUACUUUUGAAAAGGAUGAUGACAGUAAUGGUCAUAUAGACUUCAUAACAGCUGCUUCCAAUUUACGAGCCAGAAUGUACAAUAUAGAGCCAGCAGAUAGAUUGAAAACAAAACGGAUUGCUGGAAAGAUUAUCCCGGCCAUUGCAACUUCUACAGCAGCUGUGUCUGGUCUGGUUGCUUUGGAAUUGAUCAAAGUGGUGGGUGGUUACCCUUUCCAAGCAUACAAGAACUGUUUUUUCAACUUGGCCAUUCCAAUAAUUGUCUUCACAGAAACUGCUGAAGUGAGGAAAACAGAAAUAAGAAAUGGGAUAUCUUUUACAAUCUGGGAUAGAUGGACUGUUCAUGGGAAAGAAGAUUUCACACUACUAGAUUUCAUCAAUGCUGUCAAAGAAAAAUAUGGAAUUGAGCCAACAAUGGUGGUGCAAGGAGUUAAAAUGCUAUAUGUUCCUGUAAUGCCAGGGCAUGUCAAAAGAUUGAAGCUGACGAUGCAAAAACUUGUGAAACCAGCAGCAAAUAAGAAAUACGUGGAUCUGACAGUGUCAUUUGCUCCAGAAGCAGAUGGUGAAGAAGACUUGCCAGGACCACCUGUUAGAUAUUAUUUUGCCCAUGAAGAUAACUGAUGCAUUUAUACUGUUCAUGUUGUAGCAGGACCACAAAAAAGGAGUGCAGCACCAUCCUUAAAAAUGGUACUAUAUACUUGGCAAAGCCUUAAUUCAGAAACAAAUAGUCAAAGUCCAUAAGCUCUUCUGUGGAGCUCUGUAGCAAAUUGGAUUUGCAGUUUAUCUGUCUGUAGAAUUUUCAUAGCUACCCAGAUUUAAGCAGGACUUGAUAGUUGCUGGUUCAUUUUGAAGAAAACACACUUCUCCUAACCUCUGCAAGAACACCAGAAUAUAGGAAAUUGCAGAAACAAAUCUUUAAAUGAGGUGGAAAUCAAGAUAUAAAGAAACUGCCAGUUACACCACCAUCAAACUUACACUAUCAUCAGAAACCAGUGCUUAGUCCUAAGCCAGCAUUCUGGUGAUGAUCCAUUGCAAUAAAACGAUUUAUUCUUGUUCUUGCUCUCUCCUGAAGCAAAUUAACACAUCAGGUGUGAAAAUGUAGAAAGAUUCACAUUGGAAGAAAGCUGAGUUCUAUGAUGUUGUGGUUUACAUUUUUUCCCUCCUGAAAAAACAACCCUUCCCUUUUUUGUUUGGAGGCAACAUGGGAUCAAGGAAAUGCAGAUUCUCUUAUACACAUUUUCUUCUACAAACAUGUUUUUCAAGUCUGCUUUUUCAUACUGAUCUAGAAAAGCUGGGUAAUUGUUAUGUAUCGAGAGACUGGCUAACACUUUAGUCUCAACUAAACAUACAGGAGUCAAGCUUUUAGUAGAAACAGGUCACCUGCCACAAUCUUCAAGAAAACAAAAUUUGUGAUAUUUGACAUAGUCAUAAUAUUCAUAUAAGGCCAAACUAGCCACUUGGUGGGAGCAUCAUGUAUUUAUAAACAUUCAUUGGCCCCAAUUGCAUAGAAAGAAUUAGAUGCAAUCCUAUUUUAGCAGCAGAAGGGUUAUAUGGGUCAUACAUUGGUUGGCUUGAAACUAACCCUAUAAACCCUGAGCUGAGCCAUCGUUCUGUAUUUGAGGAGAAAAGCAGCUGAAGGGACACUGUCCGAGAAACUGAAAUUCAGGUGGGCAAAGAGUUGAGGACUUGCUCUCACCCAUUUGCUUGUUAAACUGGGUAUUUAAUGUGUACCAUUAUUUUGGGAAGACUCAGAUUCAGACAUCUAAAUUUAAACAGUUCAACGUAAAGUAUACUGAGAGAAGGAGGAACGAAAUACUGUAACUAGCUAUAGUCAUUUGUAAGAAACAGUAGCACAAUACAGAGGCAUCAUUCUUACAUGGUUGUUUUCUAAUGUGUGUAUCCCUGGAUGGAUAAAUUGUUGCCUUUCCUACACUGCUCUGUCUUCUCCCCUCCUCUUUACAAAGAAGUUUCAACAUAAUUAGCUCUUGGGGAUGGAAAAACAUUCCAUACCUACAGUGUGCUUGAAUAUCAUUCAUAAAGUAAAGCUGGUUAGUAUUUUCCCUAAGGUUUGGUCAUUAUGCAGAUCAUGACAACAUAACUUGUUUGUUUCCCUGUUUCUAUAGGCACUCAACCAAAGAUGUAUUUAUUUGUGAAUUGCAGUCCAUCUCAAGUUAUUCCAUUUGGGACUAAAUCUUAAAAUGUAGUAAAUGCUCAUAAGCUUUCUUAUAUUUUACAAAAUACAGCUUGUUAUAAUUUAGUGGGUUUGAAAACUGGGUGGUUAACCUUGUUUUUAAAAGAAAUAAUAGCAGUGAAAGAGACAUAAGUAUUAGGAGGUGGGAGUGGGCUGUGAAGAUGCUCCCAUACUGGCAACAUAUUUCAGCAGACAUUUUGAUUGAGUUGGCUUCCCCUUUUGUUCUGAAUUGUUCUGACUAAGGCAAACAACUAUGAACACCAAAAAGCUUAGGGACUAUAAUAAUGAUAAUAAAAAAGGAUUGCUGUCAUGAACUCCCAAUGGCAUGCAAUGCAUUAUUUAUUUUUUACGAUCUGUGUUUCAUCAUGACUUGUGCUAGCAUUUCUUAUUUUAUGUUUCCCUUUAGGAUUACUAAUCAGUGUUUAAAAGUAGCAACAAGACUUUGCAUUUGCAAAACUGCAUUUGAUGUCAUACAUCAGUUGGUUUGAAAUGGAAGAACCCUUUCCAACUAAUCUUCCUUGCAGACCUUAUAACACAGAAACAGGGAGGGCAGUCUCAACACACAAAAAACCUCUUCCUACUUGUUGUGCACUUAGUCUAUCUUGAGGAUUUAUUCUGCUCACCCAUGUGAUCUCAAAGAGUGCUCUCAGUUCAAAGAAAAUAUAUAUAAAGGUUGUAUAUACUUCCACAGUUUGUGUUUAUCUCUGAAUUUAUUUCAGUACAUUUUGAAGGACUGGUUUUUAUUUGUGUACACAAAUUAUUAUGUAUAGCCUAAACAGUUAUGAGAAUGGCUUUUUGUCCUUUUCAUAUUAAAUAAUUUGAAAACAUA